UUCUUCCCAAGAUUCAUCCCAGCUUCCGUCUCUACAAUUCCUCUUCUACACUUACAAAAGAGGAAUCGUAGAAAAAGCUCCGAACCCCCCAAUUUCCCAAAUCAAUGGAAGCCUUGAAGGUUAGAAUCUUCGCUGUUGCCCUGAUGGCCGUGAUCAUGGCCACUUCCAUGAUCGAACGGACCGCAGCCGCCGACGCUCCGGCUCCCAGUCCUACAUCCGACGCCACCUCCCUCUUCGCUCCAACCCUCUUCGCCUCCCUCACCGCUCUGAUCUUUGGGUUGUUCUACUGCUGAGAAGAUUUUAAUUCUUUCUUUAUAUCUUUUUUCGAAUUGGGUAUGAUUCGAUGAUUAUUGUGGUGGUUGAUGGCGUUGUAUUUUUAUGAUGGUUGGAUUUUUUUAGAUGAUUAGGAAAUAAAGGAAAGAGGGAGGGAGAGAGAGAGAGAGUAGAGGUUGGGGUAGUUUCGGCAUUCAAUCUAUUUCUCUCUCAUCGUCUGCUUGUAUUUCUUACAUUACAUGUGUAAUGACAAAUAAACGAUUUUGUCUAUUGAUCAA